GUUUGUUAAAGGGACAGGCGACGCGGCACGCCGGUGCUUGUUGCCGCACCGCACAGCCACGGCUGUGGCCCUCGGCUUGCGGCCGGCGCCCGUGACAGCGGCGCCGCUGGACUCGCGACCCCGGCUCCGGGCCUCUGCCGACCUCGGUGGCUAAGCCGCGUCGCCUCUCGGGAUGGGCGGCGAGGCAGGGUCCGGGGCGGCCGUGGGCUGCGAGGGUCGCGUGAAGAGCCUGGGGCUGGUGUUCGAGGACGAGCGCAAGGGCUGCUACUCCAGCGGCGAGACGGUGGCCGGGCACGUGCUGCUGGAGGCCUGCGAGCCGGUGGCCCUGCGCGCGCUGCGCCUGGAGGCCCAAGGCCGGGCCACCGCCGCGGCCUCCCAGGUGGAGUACCUGAACGUGCGCCUGAGCCUGCGCGAGCCCGCGGCCGGUGAAGGCAUCAUUUUAUUACAGCCUGGAAAACAUGAAUUUCCAUUUCGCUUUCAACUUCCUUCUGAACCUCUGGUGACCUCAUUUACAGGGAAAUAUGGAAGUAUUCAGUACUGCGUGAGGGCAGUUUUAGAACGACCCAGGGUACCUGAUCAGAGUGUAAAACGGGAACUCCAGGUUGUUAGUCAUGUUGAUGUCAACACACCGGCAUUAUUGACUCCUGUAUUGAAAACUCAAGAAAAAAUGGUUGGCUGUUGGUUUUUCACUUCUGGUCCAGUCUCACUGAGUGCCAAAAUUGAAAGAAAGGGAUACUGUAAUGGAGAAGCUAUUCCUAUUUAUGCAGAAAUAGAAAAUUGUUCAUCUCGGCUGAUCGUUCCCAAAGCAGCUAUUUUCCAAACCCAGACAUAUUUGGCUAGCGGAAAAACAAAGACCUUUCGUCACAUGGUUGCUAAUGUGCGAGGGAACCACAUCGCCUCUGGGAGCACCGACAUAUGGAAUGGGAAGACUCUGAAAAUUCCACCUGUUACUCCCUCCAUCCUGGAUUGUUGCAUUAUCAGAGUGGACUAUUCCUUAGCUGUGUACAUUCACAUUCCUGGUGCUAAAAAGCUGAUGCUCGAGCUGCCAUUAGUCAUUGGUACCAUUCCGUAUAAUGGGUUUGGCAGCAGAAACUCCAGCACUGCCAGCCAGUUCAGCAUGGGUAUGAGCUGGCUGACACUGACGCUGCCAGAACAGCCGGAAGCACCACCAAAUUAUGCAGAUGUGGUGUCCGAGGAAGAAUUCUCUAGACACAUCCCUCCUUACCCUCAGCCCCCCGACGGUGAGGGAGAAGCGUGCUACCCUUUGUUUGCCUGCAUACAAGAAUUCCGGUUUCAGCCUCCACCGCUUUACUCAGAGGUUGAUCCACACCCUAGUGACAUAGAGGAGACCCAGCCUGUUUCCUUCAUUCUCUGAAUGAAUGUAUUUCAGAAAUCACUGUGUUCAUCAUCAAAUUGGAAUUCUUUCCCACCUGCCUUUUUGGGGGAGAGGGCGGAAAGAUUAAUUUAAGACCAUAAAUGAACAUUCAGACUGAAGAAAAUAGAAAUUAAAGAUUACUAGAACUUUCUAGUGGGCCAAGAAAGUGGUUGCACAAGUUUCUAUGAUGGCCAUCUGUCACCUUGGGGAACGGGAGGACGCCAUGAGGAUGAAGGUGAAGCAGAAGUGCUGGUGGAGGUGGAAAGCGAGGAAGGUCUGCUGACUGGCAAGGCGGGAUUCUGUGGAGUGGAAACCAGGCAAGGAAGCCUCUCAGAAGGCUUUGCAAAGACAAGCAAACGUGAAGGCAGUGUGAAGGAUUCACUGGGCAGACUUGGUUUGAGAGUGUAGCCGCAUAGACGUGUGCAUGAAAGUGGCCUACUCUAAAUACUCAGUGAGACCUUCAGAUUCCAGGGUCUUCCUGAUUUCCUGUCAUAUUACCAUAUCAAAGGUCAAGGUCCUGGCAAGUCCCCUUUCUUGAAAUUAUGGUCACAUAAUUCCCAAUGAGGUAGUACAGUUUCCAUUCUUUCAGUCGUAGGUUAAAAUAUACUUUCUAAAUUGGCUAUGCAGUAUUAGGAAACCUGCAGAGGCUUCCUUGAAAAGCUUGCCACUUCAAAUGGGAAAGAUGAUGAAUUUUAACAUGAAAUUGUGUUUUGUUGAAAGCUAUACUUUUUGCCACCUCUAAGUACUUCAACAGGAUACAUGUUUAGUUGUCCUCAUAUCUUAAUUAUCUGAGGGCACAGCAGAAAAAGGAGGAGGAAAGAAAAGGUUACAUCUUUAGGAUGCCUUGAUAACCACACAGCCAAGAAAAAUCAUUUUCUUCACCUACCUCUAGUGGGGUUAUCAGAUAGCUUUUCAAAACCCUAGGCCUGCUCAACCUUAUUUGAAGUUUCUGUUAUUUAUAGCAGCAGUCUUAUCUCACCGUGCAUUUAAUUAGAAAUUAAACCGAGGGAAAAAUCUGUAAGGUUAGCAUUAAAAGGAAAUAAAUAUAUGUAUACCUACAGGCAUUUCAAAAGAAAUGUAAAUUCAAAAGAAGGUAGAAAUGCUACUUUAAAAAAAAGACAUAAAUUUAAUUUCCUGUCAAGAGGCUUAAGCAGACUGGUGGCCAUCACUGCAUAAUACAUUGUUAUUCCAACUUUUAGUAAUUCUAGUUAAACUGUGACUUUCUUUAUUGUUUUGGUGCAAUAUUUUGUUGUCAUUUAACCUCAGGAUACUCCGACCAGCAGGAUUACGUUGCUGCUCGAGGUCUCAGCAGUGUUUGUACUGUCCCCUUUCCCCUCCUAUUCAUGUUCACAUGCUCACUGGCUUUUCCAUCGAUCUGUUAGUGUUGUGAACUGGGAACAUUUCUGGACACUAAGUGAAAGGGAGGUAGGAAUUGCCAUAAUUGAAAUUCUGGACCAGCUGAUUCCUAAGGGUUUGAUCCAGAUACCCUGGUGCUUCCCAGGCAGAUACUGUGCUCCAUUUGAUAAAGUAAUUAGUAAUUGUGUUCACUUAGAAAUAGAAAAAUUCUUACACAGUUAAAUUUUGUAUUUAAAAAUCAGUCGACCAUUUGAUCAGGGAUUUUUCUACAAACAUUAAGUGAAUGUGUGAUUUUCACCCCUGGAUGUACUUCUCAUCGCUGUAACCAUGAAAUAUCAAACACAUUUCUUUCAUUAUAAGCCACCAUUUAAAAUCACAGUGUAUAAUGGUUAUACCUGUGAUUAUAGUACAGUUGUCACAAAACUUACUCCUUGCUUUGGUUUUUAAAGGUCUUUUACUUUGUUUGGUCUUUUUGUAUGUCUUUAAACAGGUAUGUGUAUUUAAGUGCUGUCCGACAGCUCAUCUUCAGCUAUUUAUUGACUUCACAGCUAUAGUUUACAGUCCAUGUCAGGACAUUGUCCGUGUCCACAAAACCAAAACAAAGGGAAAAAAGAGAAAGCAAACUCAGACCGUAUGGACAGAAAGGAAGUUUAAUUAUUUGGCUCCACAUAGAAAAGCAACCACUUACUGGAACCCUUCAGUAGGGUUACUUUAUCUUCUUGAGUAGAGAAAUUGUGAACUCUGCCCAGCAAAAUUAACAUUUAAGAGACUAGGCCACAGGUCUGACUUGACACUAUCCAUACGCCUGACCAUAAGCAGGAGGGGGAAACUGCACACCUUCAAGAUAGCAUUGUAGGAAUGUAGAAAACUACAUUGGCACCCAGAAAACCUAUGAAUGAAGAAAACAUUUAGCUGCUAUUAUUUUCCUCUUUAUUCCCCUCUGCUCUUGUUUAGUUUGGAAAAAAACGUGGCCUUAGAAUUUUCCUUUGUAUGCAAAAAGUUUGAAAUUGAAAAUGUACAUUGUUUUUGGCACACAAACUCUUUCAUUCCCUGGGUAAAAUUUUACUUUUGAUGUUUUUGUUUUGCACAAUAAGAAACUCAGUAGACAGGGAACAUGUUUUUGAUAAGUUAACUGUAAGAGCUUUUUUUAUUUUUGUUAAAAAUGUAACAGUUUAACCCACAAGCAAAAAAAGAAAAAAGAUUGUAUUUUGUACUCUUGUUUGAACCCUGUGGGUUCCUUUUGUUAAUAAAAUGAUUCUACUAAU